ACAAACGGGCCGUGUUGGGCUUGCCGGCUGGCCGUGUGCCCGUGUCCAUUGAGAUCUCCGCGGAAGUUCGAUUGUAUGUAUUUGUUCCUUCCGAAAUUCUCAGCAAGCAAAGCAUGAAAAGCUGCACACACAGUGAGUGAAGAAUGAAAUGCAAGGAAGUCAGGUACUAAGGUAGAAGAAGUAGAACACGAUGCAGUGGUACUUCGUCGCCGCUCUACUCACUGUUCUGACGAGCUCACAGGGGAUUUUGACGACCCUAUCUCAAAGUAAUGGACGGUACUUGUAUGACUAUGCAACUGUUCCAUUUCUUGCUGAAGCUUUCAAGCUAUUGGUCUCUGGUUUACUUCUUUGGAGAGAGUGCAAAGUAUCAUCUUCUACAAGGAUGACUACAGAUUGGAAGAGUGUGCGGCUAUAUCCUAUCCCUUCGAUUAUAUAUCUGAUCCAUAACAAUGUUCAGUUUGCUACUUUGACUUACGUGGAUCCAUCAACAUACCAAAUAAUGGGUAAUCUGAAGAUUGUAACCACGGGCAUUUUAUUCAGGGUUUUCCUGAAGAGGAAACUGUCUAAUUUACAGUGGAUGGCAAUUGUUUUGUUAGCUGUUGGAACAACCACAAGCCAGGUUAAAGGUUGUGGAGAAGCUUCAUGUGAGUCUAAGUUCGCUGCACCAAUACAAGGAUAUAUGUUGGGUGUCCUAUCAGCUUGUCUAUCAGCAUUAGCAGGUGUUUACACUGAGUUUCUGUUGAAGAAGAAUAAUGACAGCUUGUGCUGGCAGAACGUACAAUUGUAUACGUUUGGUGUUUUGUUUAAUAUGGCACGGCUUUCUCUGGAUGACUUCAGUGGUGGAUUUGAGAAGGGACUGUGGUGGCAACGCGUUUUCGGUGGAUAUAGCAUUACAACUUGGUUGGUAGUUCUGAAUCUCGGAUCUACUGGCUUACUGGUUUCGUGGUUGAUGAAGUAUGCUGACAUUAUUGUAAAGGUUUACUCCACCUCAAUGGCAAUGCUGCUGACAAUGGUUCUAUCUGUAUACCUUUUCAAUUUCAAACCUACAUUGCAACUCUUCUUGGGCAUCAUCAUUUGUAUGAUGUCAUUACACAUGUAUUUUGCCCCGCCAAGCAUGCUUGUAGAUUUGCCCUCGAUGAAACCUGCUCCUGAGAGUCUAAAAGAAGUCUCCGUCGAACGAAGAUAAGAUUCCCAAAAUCUGUCGAGGGUGUAGAAAACUGAUGCUGCUUUGUUCUCUGCCCAACAAAAGCAAAAGAGGUAAAAGAGUGAUUCUCUGACUAGAAGAAUCUCAGUGAUUUUUACAUUAAACUAGCUAUUGAAAGCAUCCAUUGCCAGGAUCAGAGAUGCUCCUUGAAGGUAUGGAUUCAAUUCUGUAGUAGCUGAGGGCUUGAAUUUUGGCAGUCUUGGUAAAGAAUGAACGUGCCUUGAUUUUUACACGAAUCAAUUAAUCUGUAAAAUGAUGCUCGUAAUUAAAAAGCCUCUAGGAAAGCCAGUGUUCUUUUCUAUUAUAUAUAUAUAUUUUUAAAAAAAGUUCUUUUA